AUGGGUUCUUAUUACUGCCUUUCUCGGGGAAAUUCAUUAUUUCAGCUACGUGCAAAAUUUGGCAAUAGUAAGUUCCCUUGUCAGGCAACAUUGCCUGUUUCUAAUCUAGAGGAGAGAGGAAGAAAAAAAAUAGAUGAACAAGAGCUGAAGUUUAAGUGGGUGGAAGUUUGCCCUGAUGCUACAGGACAGAAACAGGCCAUAUCUCAACUUCCCUUCAAGAUCAAACGAUGCAAGGCACUUAUGAGCAGAUAUAUGCUUUUCUCCCAAAAUGCAGUUCUCAGAUUAUUGCUGCUUGGGUGAGAUUAUGAAGCCUACAGAGCUGACUGGCUUUUGGUUAUUAAAGAAUUGAAGAAUUGGGAACAUCCAUUAUUUCUCGAGAUGUCAGAACUUGCUCUCCAUGAAGAAUCUUUUGAACCCAAUGUCCGAGACUACACUAAAAUAAUCCACUUUUAUGGGAAGCAAAACCGGCUCGAAGAUGCCAAAAAUACUCUUUUAGCAAUGAAGAGAAGAGGAUUCAUCUGCGAUCAGGUCACACUGACUGCUAUGGUUAACAUGUACAGUAAGUCUGGCAAUCUUAAUCUGGCUGAAGAAACUUUCGAAGAGAUCAAGCUGCUUGGGGAACCAUUGGACAAAAGAUCAUAUGGUUCGAUGAUAAUGACUUACAUUAGGGCUGGAAUGCCUGAGCAAGGAGAAGUUUUACUCAGAGAAAUGGAGGCCCAAGAAAUCUAUGCAGGAAAUGAAAUUUACAAGGCACUUUUAAGAGCAUAUUCCAUGAUUGGUGAUGCAGAAGGUGCGCAAAGAUUAUUUGAUGCAAUACAAUAUGCUGGUAUAUCUCCUGAUGUUAGGCACUGUGCACUCCUUAUCAAUGCUUAUCAAAUGACGGGUCAAAGCCAGAAGGCACUCGUAGCAUUUGAGAAUAUGAGGAAAGCAGGUCUACGACCUAAUGAUAAAUGUGUGGCUUUAGUUUUGGCUGUUUACGAAAAACAGAACAAGCUAAGCGAGGCCUUGGAGCUACUGAUCGAUCUGGAGAAAGAUGGUAUUCAUGUUGAAAAAGAAGCUUCGGAAAUACUAGCUGUGUGGUUGAGAAGACUAGGAGUGGUGGAAGAGGUAGAACUUGUAUUGAGAGACUACGUUGCAAAAGAUGUCUAUUUCAAUGUUCGUGCUUCAUAAUCUCAGCUCGUAUUCUUUCAAAUUACAAGAACCUUUGAAGACUGUAAAAAGACAGAGCAUGAGGUAAAGAUUUUGAAUUUUUGUUACUUUUCCCACAUCAUCCUACUAUUUGUAUUGAUAUAUGUUGAUAGCCAUGUACAUAUAUGUAUAUAUUUGUAUUGACAUAUCCUACUAUUACAUUGCACUCAAAAUUUCUUU